AUGUCUACCAAAAGCAAUAGCGAUUCUUUGACAAUGGGAAUUCCAAUUCCAUCCAUUUCUAGCAUUUUUAAAUACACAAUAUUAACCAUAGCAACAAUAUACGCAGGUUAUAAAGUUUUUUUGGGACAUGGUGAAGACAUAAAUUUUGGUAAAUUUUUUUCUAAAACUUCACCAUAUUUCUGGGCCAAUUUAGGUAUAGCUUUAUGUAUAGGGUUAAGUGUUUUCGGUGCAGCUUGGGGGAUUUUUAUUACUGGGUCUUCAGUAAUUGGUGCCGGUGUUAGAGCACCACGUAUUACCACUAAGAAUUUAAUUAGCAUUAUUUUUUGUGAAGUUGUGGCAAUUUACGGUUUAAUCAUGUCCAUUGUAUUCAGUUCCAAGGUCACUGUAGCAUCUCCAGAAACAGUAUUUUCUCAUAGCAACAUGUAUACAGGUUUUUCUUUGUUUUGGGCUGGCUUAACCGUUGGGGCCUGUAAUUUGAUUUGCGGUAUUUCUGUCGGUAUCACUGGUGCUACAGCUGCUAUAGCUGAUGCUGCAGAUAGUGCCUUAUUUGUCAAGAUUUUAGUUAUUGAAAUUUUUGGUUCUAUUUUGGGAUUGUUGGGCUUGAUUGUUGGUCUAUUAAUGGGUGGUAAAGCUGUAGAAAUGAAGUGA